AAGGUUAAAGGAUCAAUUAUUAAGUGGCGCAGAUGAAAACACCAUACUAUUCAAAGACUUGUUUAACGAAUAUCAAAAACUAUUUGGCACCGAAAAACCAUUAGGCGUCAAGGAAUUUUAUACAGUUUUGAAGAUUGCAUUUCCACAACCACCUGCAGUUGAGAUGGCAGUAACAACAGGCGACAAUCCAUUGGAAACAGUGUUACAAAAUGUGAGAUAUUCACCUACAAGACGAAGAGAUGGUCCUGUCUGUCAUUGGAAUGAAUGUAACCAACUCUUUGAUACAAAUGUCCAACUGCAUAAACACAUUGUCCAAGAACACCUCGGAAACGAAUGUCAAUGGAUGAAAUGCGCUAAACCUCUCGAAAGCAGAUCACACGCAAUACAGCAUAUGCGCACACACUUUGCAGGCAAGGUCCAUAAGCCACAGCAGCAACCCAUGUUUACAGUGGCAAAGAUCCCCAUUGAUGAUUCAGAGGUGUCUGGCAUACCCUUAACAUCGGCAUUACUGCUGAGAAAUUUGGCGAGACAUAAACAACACCAUUCGUAUUAUUUUCCUUAUGAGGCCGAAUUGACGCUAUUGGCAAUUCAAAGACCCAAAAUCGCAAAGUAUAUAUUGACUGUAUUGAAUGAUUUACAAGUGAAUUAGAAUAGAAGAAACACACACAAAAUAAAGUAUAAAAUAAUAAUA